AUGGAGAUUUGCGAGAGACUUUUGUGCCUGGCCGUGGUGUCCAGCGUUCUCUGCGUUGGCUCGGUUCUGGGGAAAUAUGUGAGAGGUAUCGUCAAUACCAAGGAGGUAAGGUGUUUCAUACCUAAAAUGUAUCACUUGUUACAAUGACACCAUUAUUAGACUCGGCAGCGCCUUCUCAUGUAGCCUACAGCCUCUCCGUGUUUAUAUUAUAUUGCGAGUGUGACGCGCUCCGAAAUUGCCUGAUCAUUUUUAUUCUAAUCAAGCAAUUUCUCCAAGAUGUUACAGGCUGUCCAUACUCCCUUGUAUUUGUGCGCAUCUCUAUGCGUGUCAGAGCGAGCGUAUUUCUAUUUCUAUCUACAUCGUUCUGACAAAGAAUGUGUCUCUCACCGACGGGUAGAAACAAGCUGUGGAUGUUUACGAGAAUGUGACUUGCAAAUCCAUCUAUCAUUUUUUUCUUUGUGAUAGCGCCAAGCGUUGGUGAUAUCCUACACUGUAACCAAAAUAACUCACAUCCAUCCUUCGCAUACAAUAACGGUAACCCCGCCGGUUACAGGUGUGCGUCAGUUGUCGCUCACGUUGCAUAUUGGUUUGUUAUUGGUCCUCCUCAUUUCACAUCAGCCGUGGUCCAACACUUAACACUAGCCUAUCAAUAUAAAAAAAGAGUCUUCUCUGAUAUCACUCUGGUAUAAAUAUCAACGAUACUAUUAUCUGAUUUUUAUCUCAGUGUUUCCAUUGAUUCAUUCUGGGUUUAGAUGUUAUGAUCAUAUUGUUCCCAUGCCCUGCUGGGCUGUGAGUGACCAUGUUAUAGGGCAGGCAAGUGUAAAGUGCACCAGACAGAUGUGCGCCAGCCGAGACUAUCUCGUGCAAUGAGCUCUCACAUAACUCUUCUCAUCUCAGCUCCUUUUAGUGUCCCACUUCUGCAUAACAGUUUGAUGAUCAGGUGUGAUGUUUAGCCCAUGACCUUUAUGCCUCAUAAAGUAGGCUAACACCUGCCUGACACAAUAGAAUUGUAUCAUAGAAACACUUAGGCUACUUAUCAGAUCAUUAUGUGGUUUCCAAUCAAGAGCUAUUGAAAGUUGACAAACUCAGCCUAAUGGUGGAACAAGCUCCCCCACGACGCCAGGACAGCGGAGUCACUGACCACCUUCCGGAGACACUUGAAACCCUACCUCUUUAAGGAAUACCUGGAAUAGUAUAAAGUAAUCCUUCUACCCCCCCCCCCCCUCUCCCACCCCCCUGUAAAAAAAAAGAAAGAAGAAGAACAGUGGUUGUCCCACUGGCUAUCAUAAGUUGAAUGCACCAAUUUGUAAGUCGCUCUGGAUAAGAGCGUCUGCUAAAAAAUGUAAAUGUAAAUGUAACUAGCUAAAUGCACUAGUGUUUGUAUAAUAUCGGAAAUGCUUAUGAAUAACCCAAUCCAUAUUAGAUCUCCUGCUCAUGCCAGACAUACUCUGUACUUUCUUCUCUUACAUGGUGUGUGUUAGUCUGAACCAGGGUUAUGUCUUCCCUCAAGCACCAUGUCACUGCUCUGAAUGGACUGAAACAACACUCAUCUGGACAUGUUGAUAUAGUGUGUGUGUUGUCCAGUGGGACUGUUAAACACAUCAGUCUUGUCUGCUGACUCCCACCCAAGGUCACACACACGCACAGCCUCACUCCUCGAUCUCAAAGUCACAGUAGAGUACAAAAUCCCAAAUCAGCAGGCAAGGUAUGAUCAGGUUCAGUGAUGGUGGAGAGGAUUAUAGGUUAGGUUUUUGUGAGUUUAUUUAUGUUUGUGUGUGGUUGUGAUUUCAUGUGGCUGUGAGUAUGUGUUGCACCGUUGUGUAACCUUACUAAUGAUACAUUGAGAGGUCCAGGGGUGACUUGACUAGCUGAUUGGUAAUUAAUUGUUAAUGAGGCUUAGCAGAGAGAGAGAGAGAGGAGGGAGGGAGGAGGGGGGGGGGGGGGGGGGGACAGACAGAGGGCGGGAUAGGGACAGAGAGAGAGGGAGGGAGGGAGUAGUAGUGACCGGAUACUGCAUCGAGGCCUAGCACUUGAUUAAUGGGGUGUCUAACACACACACAAACACUCACACCCUCUUUCACUCACACACGCACACACACUCUCUCUCCCUCACUCACUCACUCACACACACACACACACACACACACACACACACUGGCUCAAUGGCUCUGCAUCACAAUGCAGUGGCUGUGGGGUAAUGAGAGGACUAAGGGGGAUUAAGGUUGACACCCCAUCCACUGUUCCACUGUGUUCCACUGUGUUCCACUGUGUUCCACUGCUUCUGUUCUCCUACUGCUCUCCACUCAGACCGACUGGGCCUAGGGCCGGACUACAGGUGCCAUCUGGGCUAGGCUUACACUGAGCUGCAUGGACUGGGGCUAGAUUGAACUGGGGCUAGACUGGACUGGCCUGCUCAGAAACACUGCUGUUAGACUAGGCUCUAUUUCCUUACUGUUGCAAUGAGCAUGCCCCGCCCACCUGAGGAUAUUUUUUCAGCCAUAUAUUUCCUGUGUUUGAGGGGUGAAAAAUCCACUUGUCACUUAAAUUUCGCUGCAGUGAAUGCUUUAAUUUUACUCCUGCGACUCUUUCAUGCUCUUGCUUGUGCCUGUCGUUUUUGCACCGAAAACGUUACGACCGUGGAAAUGUUUGUAAUGACCUGUCAAACGCACCCAGGUAAUGGCUUAAACGGGCUCAAUGGAAUACAUUUACAUUUAAGUCAUUUAGCAGACGCUCUUAUCCAGAGCGACUUACAUUGUCUUUCCGUUGAUUCUAUAAGAACGCUAAAGCUUCAUCUGGGUUUUAACACACCAUCUCGACACUAACAUCACAAGAAAGAUGUGUGUAAAAAUGUUUUAUGGGGGUGGGGUUCAAAAUAGGAGAGGGUUGUAAAAUGUUGUUUUUUUUGCUUUGGGGAGGGUUGUGUGUUUCCCCCCUGGUUUACAUUCACCCUUUUGCAGGUUUUACAUUAUAAUUUCUUCUAUCCUAGCCACAUUUCCUCAUCUGCUUGCAUGGCCUCCCCUAUAUCAAGGCGUUUUGGUACUUCCCUUAUGCACUACGCUUUUCCCUGUGUUAACUUUUACUAUACCACCACAGGUCAAUAUAGUCUACCAGUCUGUCUAUCCUGCCCUCUAUCCACCGUUCAUAGUGACAAUAGUGGUUGGUGAAUCGUUUGUCCAGAUCUGUAAUAGGCUAUAGCAGUGGUCACCAACCUUUUGAGUCAAGAUCACUUUCUGAGUCAAAAUGCAAGCUGAGAUCUACCGUUCAAUUUUUUUUUUUUACAUGACUUAAAAAACGUAAGCCAAUGCAACAUUUAACCUAUUAAAAACAGUAGUGUAGUAAUGACGUUUGUACAGUAGGCUAUAGGCCCAAAACAUUAUCACCGCAUAUUGGCUUUGCUUGAAUUGCCCUGCGAAUGCAUUGUUGUUCUUCUCUGACCAUUUUUGAAAAUUAUAUUUCAACAUUUGAGGAAGACUAUAUGAUCACACCGGUAAUAGAUCCGUUGUUUUAUUACUUGUGAGGCACAGCUGAGUGAGCAAACAUUUUAAUAAUGUGCUUUUUUAAAUAAUGUGCCUGCAUCUGAUGGUCAGUCUCAGCAGAGGGUGAGGGCAGCAGACUGAGGGUCUGCCUCUCAACAUCUCUCCGCUCUCCCUUUCCUCAGCUGACACUGACCCAAAAGGGACACCGUCUUCCAGCUGAUGGCGAAACUCGAUUCGCACCGCAUUAUUUCUGCAUCAUGCACAAAUGCAUGUUGUUACUCCUAUGACCAAAGAAAGAAGACCCAAGUCACUAAUAAUAACAACGCAAGCCUAUCGAUACACUUUCCUACUCAUUCAUUGCAGCUGCAGUGCUGAUUGUAGUGUGAGUGGAAGUAGGGAAAACACGCAUUUUAUGGCUUAUAAAAGUGUUGAAUAGAAAGUGUUGACAGUGUUGAGUAAAAAUGUAUAUAUGAACUCACUCAUAAAAACAGCAGCUCUUUACUGUAUUCGUUGACAGUCUCUCUCUGGUCAUGGUUUUCAAAGUUUAGAAAUCUCACGCUUUCUUUUAUGCCUGCUACGUUACUGCAGAGACAGUAAUCUAGGCCAUCCGAUUGGCCAGUUGUAGGCCUUUAGUGCACUUGAUUUUCUCCCCCCGGGCCCAGACGGGAAGGCAGAGUUUGUACCUUCAGACAUAUGAAAUGGUUCAUAGACUGUUCUCUCUGCUACCGCAUGGCAAGCGGUACCGGAGCGCAAAGUCUAGGUCCAAAAGGCUCCUUAACAGCUUCUACCCCCAAGCCAUAAGACUGCUGAACAAUUAAUCAAAUGGCCACCUGGACUAUUUACAUUGACCCCUCGCUGUUUAUUAUCGAUGCAUAGUCACUUUACCCCUACUGUUAGAAAUAGCGUAAUUCAAAUCUGGUAUUGGAAUAAGAGAAAACAUAAUCAAGAGAUAUUCAAUCCAAGCUAAAUUUAUUAUAUGCAAAAUGUAUGUAUGAUAAGUAUGAUGGUUCGUAUACGGGCUCACUGAAAUACCACGCAGGGCAGACAGAGAACUGAUCCAUUGUUCUAAGUUCUUCUUCAAAUACUCUGACAGAGAUAGUUCCCGCUCCCUGCUGGCCAAUCAGAGUAGAGACUGAGUGUGGUUUAGACUUACGCAGGCAAUCGUUGGCGCACAGGCUGGUCCCAGCCCCUUGGCGCUUCACUGUUGCACACUGUUGCCAGGCAUAAGUUGUUAUCAUCACAACUUGUAGAGUCAGCACCUUUUUGCAGUACACGUCCUUGAGUGCGGUUUAACAAAGAGGCAGUGUGUAUGUGUCUGUGAGAAAUACAAGUCUGUCUCACCCUACUCCCUAACAUUCCUCACAUGAAUCACAGCUUGUUAUGUGAAACAAUUUAUAUCAGUACAGUACAAACCUAUUAUGUUUAAUCAUUAAUGCAUUCUUUCUAAGCUAGGCAUCACAUCUAGAUCCCCACACUACCUACAUGUACAAAUUACCCCGACUAACCUGUAACCCCACACAUUGACUCGGUACCGGUACCCCUGUAUAUAGCCUCGUUAUUUUAUUGUGUUACUUUUUAUUUUAUUUUUUACUUUAGUUUAUUUAGGAAAUAUUUUCUUAACUCUAUUUCUUUAACUGCAUUGUUGGUUAAGGGCUUGUAAGUAAGCAUUUCGUGGUAAGGUCUACACCUGUUGUAUUCGGCACAUGUGACAAAUAAAAUGUAAUUUGAUUUCAAAAUGUGAACACUUCACCUACCCGGUGCGCAGGGCAGCUGAAUUGGGUGCACCUACCUUCAACAGAGCGAGACCAAUUAAAAAAAUAGGAACGCAAGACUUAUCGUUGGGUUUUUUACAGAAAUGUUUGGUGAUCGACUAAGAAUGCCUUGGAGAUCGACCAGAUUGUAAUUUAUUGGACAUUUGCAUUGGGUGCUUAACCCAUUAGGGCGUCACCCACGCAACCAGCGCCAUCAAUAAACAUGGGAUAUUGGUCAAAUGAGCCACAUUUACAUGUCCUUCAAAAUAGCCUAUAACACAUUUAAAUAAAUAAAAAUCAUUGUGUUUAGAUGUGUAGCAUUACAAAGCUUUAUAGCCUAUUGUUUUAUUGGUUUUUACUUUCCUAAAACCUCACGGUUCAGCUGUCGGAGAUUUGAGCACUAAAUGCAUCAGGGCAUUGCAUGCAUAGGCCUACAGGCUUAGGCGCAGUGUUGCCAACUAAUUUUCAGGUGAAGUUGCUAGAGGCAGGUCGAUUUGUUGCUAAAAGGUGCUAAAUGACGUUGUGAUGUCAUUGCGUGAUGACGUCAUUACGUAAUAACGACGUAGAAUACACAAUAACGUUACUCAAAUUGACUGGCCAUCUCCGCGACAAAUAUGAUUUGACAUUUGUUAGUUUAGAUUAGUUUGUUUAUUAUCAGAUUUUUAUUUGUAAAAGUAAUAUAAACACAACACAUUUUAUAUGAUCAGAUAUUUUUAUUUUUAAACACAACACAUUGAAUUAUUGAACAAUUACACAUUAUACAUUAUUGAACAAUUACAUUUUAUUUAUUUUCUUAUUAACUAGUAAACCUACACAUUCUGAACAAUUAUAGUUUUAAGCAGUGUAUUGGUAGUUAGUUAACAUGCUACCUAACUGAUCAACAAUUAUAGGUACAAGCUAAUAACAAGGUAUAUAUGCUAUCUUAUUGAACAAGCAACUUAACUCAAAUAAUGAUGUGUGCGCUAAGCAUCUCUGUCCAGCUCUCUCCAGGUUGUUGUGCUGCUUGGCUGGCCUGCUGCUGCCUGUGCACGAGCUGAGCGCCUGCUGCUGACGUCACUCACAAUGCCCUUUUGCAGCCAGGCACGUGUGUUGUGACUGAGUGUGUGACAGAGAAAUUAGUUUUUGUGUCAUUUAGAGGGAAAAUGCGUGCAUUUUAGUGUUUGAGUCACUUUUCAAAAGUUGCUAAAAGUUCCAAAUAAACAUUUUAAAGUAGCUAAAUCUGUUGCUAGGUGCUGUUUGAAAAAAAAGUUGCCAGUGUAGUCUGAAAAGUUGCUAAAUCUAGCAACAAAAUUGCUAAGUUGGCAUCACUGCUUAGGCAUCCAAUGUAUGAUAUUAAUAUAAAAAUAUAUAUAUAAAGGAAGAGAAGCUUAGGCCUAGCCCCAGAGAGAGAGAGAGAGAGAGAGAGAGAGAGAUAGCGAUAUGCCAGUGGCAUGCUAUGACACCAGAAUGCAUUUCAUUAUCCUUGUCAGAUGGGCUAGCCUACUGCAUCUGCUAUAGAGAUAUAGGCGUACAGAAGGAGGCUACUUCGUUAAUUUUCUAUCCAAAUAUUUUUUAAAUAAUAAAGAUAAUCAUUAUAUUGUACGAUUAUAGGAGUAACUCUGGUAUGCCUAAAACAUUCUUCCUCACCUCAAGUUCAACUGUCGGAGUCAGUUGGAGUGCCGGUGCGCAAUCCCUUAAUAUCAUAGGCCUGCAGUAUAAUAGGCUAAUAGCCACACCAAACCUUCACACAAGUUUCUAAACUUUAUUAGGGUAAUAUCGAAAAUAAGUCAAGCCAAUUUUUAUAGGGAAAAUACGAGCAGGAUAUUAUAUUGUGGCAAACAAAGAAAAGGGCUCAGAAUGAAACAAAACACUUACGAAAUGGUUUAAACCUUCACAAAUGUUAACAGGCUGCUUUGCAGCAAUUACCAAGAAAGGCUAGUGCCUACCGUCCCCAACAAAUGACAGCAAUAGGCUUAUGAUAUUUAUUUUACAACAGGCCUACUUAUAACCUAUCUUAAACUAAUAAAGGAGCACACAUUUAAAGACAGAUCAAACUUAAUUUAGCCAACGACAAUGUCUCAACAGAAUGAAACAAAACACUUCUUGCCUAUUUAAAGAACUGGUUUAGGUUAAUAAAUAUGCCUACAAUAGUAAUGGUAUACAGAAAUAAUAAUGAUAAAACAAAUGAUUAUAAAUACGAAAAAAUAAAUAAACAAAGUUCCAAAAUGGCAUCCUACCUGAAUAGGGAGUUGCACAGUAGCCUGCAUUUGGCCGUGCCAACGCUCUUCCCAUCUUUGUCCACUCCUUGUAGGCUUUUCGCUAUAGGCAUACUCUCUAUCUUUCGUUUUACUUCAAUGAAAAGGGACUCCAUCUUCGCAAUCAAAAGUCAGUAGCCCAAGGCUCCUCUCUCUCUCUCUUCAGCAGCAUGCACGUAAGGCAGCGGGCAAGGAGUUAGAGAAUGGUGCUGAAGCUGAAAUUAGGAUGUACGAUAUGCAGCCCCAGAUAAUUUGGCCGGCUACAAUUGUAUUUAUCGGCUUUUAAUAAAUGUUUUGGGCCAAAAGCCAGCAAUUACCAGCUAACCGAAACAUAUGCUUUAGGCAGGCCCAGUUAUUCAGGAAAGCUUAACGCGUGCUCUGCCUCCUCUCCAAUCUGUGCGGCUAUGCCUCGCUCACCUAGAACCUAACACUUCAAUACAACCUAAAUAUUUGUAAUUUAACUUUAUAAGGUGUUACCUUUUUAUAUGUGGCAUAAACACAACCAGUCACAAUGUUUAAUCUGAUUAGGCUACUUCAGAAGUCUCCUGUAGGCAUGUGCACAUUCAUCUAAAAUAUAAUUCCAGCAUCCUCAAAAUGGCUUGACAUUAAUCAGGUUUCCAUCCAACUUUUUUUAUGCGUGUCAGAUUGUCACGCCCUGACUCAGGGGACUCGUAUAUGUUGAGUCAGGGUGUGUAUAUUCUUUGUUAUGUAGUAUUUUCUAUGUUGGCAUGCUAGUAUGUGUAGAUCUAUGUUGGCCGGUGUGGUUCCCAAUCAGAGGCAGCUGUCGCUCGUUGUCUCUGAUUGGGGAUCAUACUUAGGCAGCCCAUUGGCACUGUUGAGUUGUGGGAUCUUGUUCCGUGUAAGGUAUGUUGUGUGUUCUACCUUGGACGUCACGUUUCGGUUGUUGUUUUGUCAUUGUGUUUAUAAGUUAAUAAACAUGUACGCAUAUCACGCUGCGCCUUGGUCUGACCCGUCAUUGAACGAACGUGACACAGAUAAAAAAUGUCAUGACAUCAUGGGAAAGGCAUGGUUCACCAGCAGCCACAAGAAUGUAAAAAAUAUACUACAGACCAGCCAAAACAAGCAUGUAAGAAUUGUACUUAAACUCCCCCUCAUACUCAUAUGGAGGUCAAGCAUUUGUGUGUCUGUAUCUCUGUAAUGUGUCUAUGUAAUUGUGUAUGUAUUUAUGUAAAAAAAUAGGGACCACAAUGGAAGUAAGUCCCCGACUUUAUCGUGCAAUCCCGGUCACUUUUAUGACGUUGAACCAACAUGGUAUAGACGUUGAAUUGACGUGGGUACUGUGUAUAUAUAUAUGUAUAUAUAUAUAUAUAUAUAUAUAUAUAUACAGUGGGGAGAACAAGUAUUUGAUACACUGCCGAUUUUGCAGGUUUUCCUACUUACAAAGCAUGUAGAGGUCUGUAAUUUUUAUCAUAGGUACACUUCAACUGUGAGAGACAGAAUCUAAAACAAAAAUCCAGAAAAUCACAUUAUAUGAUUUUUAAGUAAUUAAUUUGCAUUUUAUUGCAUGACAUAAGUAUUUGAUCACCUACCAACCAGUAAGAAUUCCGGCUCUCACAGACCUGUUAGUUUUUCUUUAAGAAGCCCUCCUGUUCUCCACUCAUUACCUGUAUUAACUGCACCUGUUUGAACUCGUUACCUGUAUAAAAGACACCUGUCCACACACUCAAUCAAACAGACUCCAAUCUCUCCACAAUGGCCAAGACCAGAGAGCUGUGUAAGGACAUCAGGGAUACAAUUGUAGACCUGCACAAGGCUGGGAUGGGCUACAGGACAAUAGGCAAGCAGCUUAUUGCAAAAUAAAAUGCAAAUUAAUUACUUAAAAAUCAUAUAAUACAGACCUCUACAUGCUUUGUAAGUAGGAAAACCUGCAAAAUCGGCAGUGUAUCAAAUACUUGUUCUCCCCACUGUAUAUAUAUAUAUUUUUACUGACAAAUGAAAUCAAUCAAUCCAAUCAAGAGACAUCUGUUACAAAACACCAAAACGUUUUUAUGACAUUCGGAGAUUGUCAAGCCAAGCCUUCGAUACUUGGUAAGCCUACAAGGUAAGGUGGGAUGUAUUUUCUGUUUGUUGACAUAAUCAAUUUAUUGUGGUGUUGAAAACGCAAACCAUGAUAUUGAAGUGUCCGAAGUCGGUAUGCUUUGUUUAUUGGUUUUGUGGUGCAUUGGCACAGAAACCUGUUGGUGGAAAAUGAAUUGCAUAUAUUUUAAAUUAUUAUAAGUAUGGCAUUAAAAUGUUGAAAAUCUGAUUCCCCCCUAGCUGAUCAUUGUCUGCAGCCAACUCUGAUCGUAGUGUAAUGAAACAGGCAGGGAGAGUGAGCUCGUCUGUGGUCGUCAGCGAACCCUCAACCUUCUGGCCCGUAGCCCUGCCUGGCAUCGACUCUGCCACAAAAGAAUGCUGAGGUGGCAAGGUCGUUAUCCACGUUUAUAAACACAGGGUCGCUACAGUUAUUGUUAUUUGUGGUGGUAAACAUUAUUUGUAGUUAAUUCUAUGAGGGGGGAGGGUGUGCAAUUUAUUUAACAAGGGAAGGGUCGUGAAAAUAUUUGUAACGUUGGGGAGGGGGGCGCAUUUUGUUUUACACCUUGUGUUGGACUUUUGAAUCCGAGGGUAUCCUGCUAUUAGCAUUGUUUUUAAAUUAAGCAAUGUGACAACAACAGUAAUUCAUGAGUCUGUCUAGAGAGCGCAGGUGAGUGCAGGUAGGGUAGACAGAGCAAGUGUUUGGUUGUUGCAGCCCUGCCCCUUUAUGUUAAUUUAAUCAUAUAUGCAAAUAUACAUGGUGUAUUUAUGCAAAUGAGGCACAUAUAAUUGUCUUCAUUUGAACACAAAAUAUAUAUAAAAAAAAUACCUGAUACAAUAAGAACAUGUUGUCAUGACGUGACUCUCAUUAUUGUGAUGACUAUUAUUUAUUAAAUUAAUCAUUUUACAAUUAACUCAAUAGGAAUUUGGGGCACCGUGGGAAAAGUUGUUUAACGAGUUACCGUUUCCCGAAUUAACUCUAAAGAUAUUUAGAUAUCUCUUAUCGUUUAACAGUCAUUUAUUAAUCAUUUACCUCAUAUCAGUCUCAUUCUGAAAGUUGUAGACUCUUUAAGUCUGCACGAAGCCGGGUCUUACUGAUCAUUACGUACCACACACAUUUAUUUAAUUAUUUAUUUACUAACUAAUUAAAAAUGGUAACACAAGAUACAAACACGUACACGGUAUAGAUAGGGAUUAGAAACGUAAUACAAUGAAAACAGGUCCCUAGCGGACUAACACAAUAUGACACUUGUUACAAAAGAUGGCGAGUUAAAGAGAGAGAGAGAGAAAACACUUGGAUACACAUGGACCUACGCUCACAGUAAUCCUAAUACUUUGCCCUGAACUGCCGCCCGUUUGGGAAGAAAAGUAAUACAUGUAUUUACGUGUUGGAGGUCUUCGUCGUGUAUCUCUGUUGGACCCAGGCCUUCGUGGGAAGGGGUCGAUUGUGCCUUCUCUUUCGGAUGGCAUUUUAGAUGUAAGGCUCAGAUUGUCCACAAGAGGUCACAAUGUCCUUCUUCUUAGUUGUCUGUUUACUUUCACUCGUUCUGGAAGUGGUCUUCUGAGGACGGCUAAUCAGCCGUGUCGAUGAUCCCCUGUGGGGUGAUGAGAACAGUGUAGUAGACGAUGGCUUGAAGAAGGUAACAGGAUGGUCCCACUUAAAUGUACCUUCUUAGAUACAGUACUUAGAACAGCUACUCAGCCGUAACAUUGAAUGUUAGUGGAGGCAACUUUGUCGUCUUCACUUCGUGUUGAUUUUCAGGGUCGGGACCAAUAUGGACAAAAGCUGCAGCUUGAGGUCCGUCUAGGCUGAUCUGAUAAUUCUUAUCUCAAUCUUUUAUGCACUCUGGUAAAGAGGGGCGUUUCCGUCAUACUGACACGCUCUCUGAGCUCCCUCGGGCAUGGCUAGUUACGAGGCAAAAGUAUUAUCAUCACUAUGAUUUUGUUAGAAAGCUAAAAUCACAUUCCUAUCUUCACGAAAACAUUGUCUUCCUCCUUGAUAUUUUCUACACAACGUAAAGUAUGUAAACCUGAUAUACACAGUUUAAAAGCUCUUCAAGUCACAAUGUUUUCGUUAUAAUGCCUUUAUACCAUUUGUAAUGACAUCACAAAAAAUACAUUAAUUUUCCAUAUUCCAUUUCUCAUCAUUCCCAACAUUUGGAUGUUGAAAUAUAUUGUGCCAAUGUUCAUUGUUGGAUGUUGAAGUAUUUGGGCGGCAAAAAGUCUCUGAAACAAAGGCAAUCCUUUCACCAUACUAGAAUGCCAGAGAGAGAUUCUCCUCCUCUCUAAUUUAUGGUGUCAAGACCGGCACAGCCCCCUGUGGGUAAGAGGGGUUGUUAUCGGCCAUUUGCCAAGCUGAUGGGAGGCCUUUGAUCCUCACACAGGGAGAGUCAUGACAAUAUAUAUAUGAGUACAUUCUUCUAAAAGAAAUUGUACAAUAAAUUGAAUAGCUGAAUUCCCACAUCCCGGAACUCAAUUCAUUAUGUGUUAUAAUUUUAACCAUUUUGAUGACCAUUUCUACCUUAUUGGGUAAGACAGGACUCAGAUACACUGUUGUUAGACUAGGCUCUAUUUCUGUACUGGGUAAGACCAGGGUCAGACAGGACUGCAUGGCCGGAAGUGCUCAGCAACUGCGAGCAUCAGGCCCCAAACUCCAACUCAGCCCAACCAGAUAGAGGAAGAGGUGGUAGAUACAGAAGGAGAGUUAGGGAGGGGGACAGAAAGACAGCUAGGGAGGGGGAAAGAGAGAGAUGGUCAGUACAAAUGGAAAGACGUUAAGGGAGGGUCUAAAAUUAGAUUAAUUUGUCUGUGCAACACAGAAACACAGAUUAAUUUAAGGGGUUGUGUGUGUGUGUGUGCGUGCAAAAGAGAGAACGAAGUAGAAAGGAGUGUGUGUAUUUCUGAGUGAGUGCAGUGACUUUCAUGGUUUCUAUGGCAGCUGCAAACUCAGGCAGCAUGUGGCGGUUGCUAUGACAAUAAUGGGGGAAUGGAGGUCUGGUGUGUGUGUGUGUGUCUGAGCCUAACAAGGGGGUCUUUCACAGUCCUUGGGCAGUCAUAUGAUAUACCCCAGGCCCAGCCCCCAGCCCCACCACCUCUCCUCCUCUGUGACUGCUCCAUAGUCAUGGAUACACCUUUAGCCCAGGCCAAUACAAUCUAGGACAAUACAGUGCAGUAUGUAGUACUGUAUGCUUCAGCAGGUCUGGAAGUUAGGCCUCUUGAUAUAUGGCUGAGUGUGUUAACUGUUAACUACAGAUGGCUUGCUCUCUGACAUAUUGCUGCGGAUUUGCUCGCUAUCUGUGAGAUAUAGUGCAGCUGUAAGUUCAAACUUUUCUGUGUUGUUUAAUGAUAUAUAAUAAUAAUAAUAAUAAUAAUAUGCCAUUUAGCAGACGCUUUUAUCCAAAGCGACUUACAGUCAUGCGUGCAUAAAUUUUUGUGUAUGGGUGGUCCCGGGGAUCAAACCCACUACCUUGGCGUUACAAGCGCCGUGCUCUACCAGCUGAGCUACAGAGGACCAGAGGACCAGGAUCAGUUCUAUACAGCAUGUGUAUGUGUCUGUCAGCCUACAUCUGCAGCACAGCCCAUUGACUGAUACCCUGCUGCAGUGCCUUAUGGAAGGACAGUGAAGCACUGUAUACCAUCAGCACUAUAUCUUGGCAUGAUGCUGGUUGAAUAUUAAAGCCAGGUUUUCCUGCUCUCUUCCCCAUCUCACCUUCAUCUCCCCCUCUCCUCUCCCCAUCCUCUACCCCAUGCCCCUCUCUCCCUCCUCCUCCCCCUCUCUCCUGUUCCCCACUCUAAACAGGACUGGUUGUUCCUCACUCGCUUCUGUUUUCUCACUGAUUUUGGACGUCUGGACUUCCGGUUCCGCUACCAAAAGGUCAGGUUAUAGUACAACUGACCUCUAGCCAUCCUUCUCUUUUCUUCUUUUUUUCCAUCAGUAUUGUUGUCUCUCUCCCUCUUAGUGAGUUGCUCUCCUGUUUUUUUCUCUCUAUCCUCUCUCCUCUCUCUCUCUCUCUCUCUCUCUCUCUCUCUCUCCUCCUCUCUCCUCUCUCCUCUCUCUCCUCUCUUCUCUCUCUAUCCUCUCUCCUCCUCUCUCCUCUCUUCUCUCUCUCUCCUCUCUCUCUUCUCUCUCUCUCAUAUAUUGUCCCCAUGUACCCUAUUAUUUUCUUAUUUUCUGUCUGACAAACUUUAUGUUUUACAAGUCAUCCUUCAUCAUCUUUCCUGUAUGUCCAUGUCUCUCUUGUCUCUCUCCCCACUGAUUCGUUUUCUCUCUCUCCUCUAAAUUGACUUCAUCACUCUUUCUGUCUUUGGUAGUCUACCUCUGUCUAUUCCUGUUAUAUUCUCCAUACAUUUAUCCUCUCCUAUCCUCUCCUCUCCUCUCCCUCCUCCUCUCCUCUUCUCUUCUCUUCUCUUCUCUUCUCUUCUCUUCUCUUCUCUUCUCUUCUCUUCUCUUCUCUUCUCUUCUCUUCUCUUCUUCUCUUCUCUUCUCUUCUCUUCUCUUCUCUUCUUCUCUUCUCUUCUCUUCUCUUCUCUUCUCUUCUCUUCUCUUCUCUUCUCUUCUCUUCUCUUCUCUUCUCUUCUCUUCUCUUCUCUUCUCUUUUCAUUUCGGUCAUCCUUUCUGUGUUCCUCUGGUUGCUGUUAGUGGCCUGCAGACUUUGAGGCAGUCUGGUAUUAAUCUUAGGCCCCCUUUCCCUCUCCCCUUUCCUCCCUCCUCUUUUCCCCUUCCUUCCCUCCUCCAUUCUCUCAUUCUCUCUCUCCUCUCUAGUCGCGAUGCUGUCAGAAUAUAUUGCUCUACUUUGAUGACAGCUCUCAGUGGCCAGCUGUGUACAAGAAGCCGGACAAGGUGAGAAACCACUACUCUGUGUCACGCUUGGUGUGUGUGUGUGUGUGUAUAUGUGGGCCUGUUACAAUGCAUAAAUCAGGAUUUGAUGAAUAUCCACUUUGUUAGAUCAGAUUUGUUGAAUGUGCGCCAAUCUGGUCAAUGGAACGUCAGCGCUCCAUUGACUCCUUUACCUCAUCUAUGCUGGAUUGCCAUCAUAAUGUAGAAUGUUUAUUCAAAUGAUGCUAACUGAUGUGGCUCAUGCAAUGGAAUGUCUUUUUUGUAAUGUCAGUUGAGUUGACUCAACAAAUCACAGCACAGAUUGAAGGGUACACUUAUUGCUUUUACUUCCUGGCAUACUCCGAGUCGAUAUUCAGAUAUUCACGUCAUAUGAAGGAAUUCCCCUCGACCAUGGCCACAAAUUGGGGGAAACAAACAUUCUUUCCCAUUGACCCCCAUUGUAAAAGAGCCAACUUCGUGGUCGAACAAAUAACAAAACAUUCCGAAAAGCUGCUGUGUUGUUCAAUGUACAUGCAACCAGGUCAUAAAUCCCAACCUAAGUUUCGCAAUGCUCCCAUGUAGAGAAAUAGAGCCUUUGAGAAGAGCCCUGUGGCUUCAGGCUUUGUGUCGUUUAGUAAUUGACAUAAACAAGCAGACAACAAGAAAAUUGUGUUUGAAAAAGGUGAAGUUUUUGCUGUUAGCCAAUGGGGCAACCUAGGUAAUCACAGGUUGUUUUCCCCACAGGCGGGCAGGGCCGCGACACAGGAGUGAAAAUUCAUUACUCUCCUGUCUUGUCCUGUAAAAUGUUUUCCCGUACUGUCCUGAUUACGUCCGGGACAAUACCAGUAUUUUGUUAGGAUCGUGGCAAGGAAACAUUUAACUUCUUUAGGAAAACAGCCCUAAUGUUGGAAACAAACAUAAUUAUGUUGUCAUCCAGAGUUACAUUUAUUUAUUUUCCAAGCUAUAGCACACAAUAUUUUAUAUACAGCAGGUUUUCAUUUUUGCCAUGGAAAAAAUAUUGUGAUACUGGUAUCGUCCCGGCCCUAGUCCUGAUCCUGCAACAGUUCUAUAACCCCCGGAACAUUCCUGUCCGGUCUCGAUAAAAAUCACUCCCGUCCCGUUCCAUGCAAAAAAAAAUGAUAUGCAGAAAUCUGAAGUAACUUCCUCCGUUAGCUGCUCGUCUGUCUGUCCCACGCUCUGUGUGUGAGUAGCCAUAGCAACUGCUCCAUUUGGCUGCUGCUCAGAACUCAUGACAGUUGUCUGCAGUGCACACACAAGAUAACAAUCACAUUAUGAGAUUUUGGCAAUGAAGGCAUUAUUUUGUAUGAUUUUUUUAUUAAGUAAACUAUAUUAGGCCUACACAUAGUUUGCUCCACACAUUACAUAUAUUUUUUGUAAUGGUUAUUACUAUCCCUGUACUGCCCGUUCCUGUGGACUGUCACUGUCGCGUCCUGUCCCGAACUUCACUCUAGAACAUCACUUCGAUUUCUGUCGGAAUCCCGCGGGACCCACAAGACCCACAGGAGUCCUGUUCCCGUGUAAAUCUCUACUGCAAUCUAAUACUGAUUGGGACUAUGGGUGCACUCAAAAUGGCUGCCAGUACACUGAUUAUGCCAUCAUUGACUUGAAUAAAGAUGCCCUUUCUAUUCAUUCUGUUUCUAUGGUUAGUUUGUCCAGUACCUGUGCAUAAUGUGAUGUGUGUAUGACACCGUUUCUUUCUUAUUCUUGACCGUAUUUCAUGACCACAGGACUGCUACCAGAAGGAGGAGGUGUUGAGGCCAGAGAAUAACCAGGUCAUCAACCUGACCACGCGCUACACCUGGUCUGGCUGUGUGGUAAGAACAUGGACAAUCUCCUCUACAGCUCUCUGUCUUAUAGAAUGCCUUCAGAAAGUUUUCAUACCCCUUGACUUAUUCCACAUUUUGUUGUUACAGCCUGAAUUCAAAAUUAAAUUGAUUAAAUAAAUAAAAAUCUCACCCAUUUACAUUUUACAUUUUAGUCAUUUAGCAGACGCUCUUAUCCAGAGCGACUUACAGUUAGUGAGUGCAUACAUUUUCAUACUUACACACAAUACCCCAUAAUCACAAAGUGAAAACAUGUUUUUAGACAUUUUUGCACAUUUAUUAAAAACUUAACACAGAAAUAUCACACCCCUUUGCUAUGAUACUCCAAUUUGAGCUCAGGUGCAUUCAAUUUCCUUUGAUCAUCCUUGAGAUGUCACUACAACUUGAUUGGAAUUCACCUCUGGCCAAUUACAUUUUUGGACAUGAUUUAGAAAGAAACACGCCACAGUCGAUUGUGCAUGUCAGAGCAGAAACUAUACCAUGAAGUCCAAGGAACUGUCCGUGGAGCGCCGAGAUAGAAUUGUGAUGAGGCAUAUAUCUGGGGAAGGGUAUACAGCAAUGUCUAGAGUGUUGAAAGAUUCCAAUAGCACAGUGUUCUCCAUCAUUGGGAAAUGGGAAAAAUAUGGAACUACCCAGACUCUGCCUAGAGCUGGCCGUCCGACCAAACUGGGCAAGAAGGACCUUGGUCAGGGAGGUGAUCAAGAACCCACUGACCACUCUGACAGAACUACAGAGUUCCUUGGCUGAGAUGGGAGAACCCUGCCAGAAAGACAACAGUCUCUACAGCAGGGGUAUUCAACUCUUUCCCUACGAGGUCUGGAGCCUGCUGGUUUUCAGUUCUACCUGAUAAUUAAUUUCACCCACCUGGUGUCCUAGGUCUAAAUCAGUCUCUGAUUAAAGGGCAACAAGGAAAAAACGCAGUGGAACUGGCUUUGAGGUCCAGAGUUUACUUUGAAGGCUCUACAGCACUUCACCAAUCUGGGUUUAUGGGAGAGUGGCCAGACGGAAGCCACUCCUGAGAAAAAGGCACAUGACAGCAUGCCUUUAGUUUACAAAAAGGCACGUGAAAGACUGAGAUCAUAAGGCAAAAGAUUCUAUGAGACAAAAAGUCUGAGACAAAAAUUGCCUGAAUGCAAAGUGCUAUGUCUGGAGAAAACCAGGCACAGCUCAUCACCCAUCUAACACCAUCCCUUCUGUGAAGCAUGGUGGUGUCAGAAUCAUGCUAUGGGGAUGCUUUUCAGUGUCAGGGACUGGGAGCCUGGUAAGGAUAGAGGGAACAAUGAAUGGAGCCAAAUAAAGGCAAAUCCUUGAUGAGAACCUGCUUCAGAGUGCAAAUGACCUUCAACUGGGGCGAAGAUUUACGUUCCAACAGGACAAUGACCCCAAGCAUACUGUACAGCCAAAGUAACUCUGGAAUUGCUUCAGAACAAGAAUGUGAAAGUCCUUGAGUGGCCCAGGCAAAGCCCAGACUUGAAUCCCAUUGAAAAUCUGUGGAAAGACUUGAAGAUUGCUGUUCACCGCCGCUCCCCAUCUAACUUAACAGCGGUUUAGAAAACCUGUAAGGAAGAAUGUGAAGAAAAAAAAAAAUCCAUAUGUGCAAAGCAGAUACAGACAUACCCAAGAUGACUCAAAGUGGUAAUCGCCGUGAAAGGUGCUUCUACAAAGUAUUGACUCAGGAGUGUGAAUACUUAUGUAAAUGAGAUAUUUCUGUAUUUCAUUUUCAAUAAAUUUGCAAAAAUGUCUAAAAACAUGUUUUCAUUUUGUCAUUAUGGGGUAUUGUGUGUAGGUGGGUAAAACAAUUAAUAUUUAAACCAUUUUGAAUUCAGGCUGUAACACAACAAGAUGUUGAAUAAGUGAAGUGGUAUUAACACUUUCUGAAGGCACUGUAUAUGUGGGCUUGUCUUGUAUGUUUGCCUAUGGGACUGUGGUUGUUUUUAGUUAUUCAGUUAUAACUAAAAGAGCUAGCUAUUGUGAGGUGUGAGGAGUGUGUGUAUGUGAGAUAGAGGUGUGUGUGUGUAACUUCCUCUUUAGAAAUGUGUUAGGAUGUGUUGAUUCAAUGUGUUUUUGAGUGUGUGAGCGUCUUCUCUAUUAAUAUAUUAACUCUCUCUGUCUGCUGUCUGUCUCUAAGGUGGAAGGAGAGGGGGAUGAGGAGGUGCUGAGUUGUGUGGGAGGUCGUAGUUUCCGCUCGGUGAGGGAGAGAUGGUGGUACAUCGCUCUCAGCAAGUGUGGGGUGAGCACCGACCUUUCACUUCUCACUGAGAACACACACACAGACCCUGUUACCCCCCCCCCCCCCCCCCCCACACACACACACACACAUAAUAAACACACUCAGAUUGACAUACACUGAGUAUACAAAACAAUAAGAACACCUGCUCUUUCCAUGACAGACUGACCAGGUGAGUCCAGGUGAAAGUUAUGAUCCCUUAUUGAUGUCACUUGUUAAAUCCACUUCAAUCAGUGUAGAUGAAGGGGAGGAGACAGGUUAAAUAAUAAUUUCUAAGCCUUGAGACAAUUGAGACAUGGAUUGUGUAUGUGUGCAAGACAAGAAAUUCUAGUGCCUUUGAACGGGGUAUGGUAGUGUCACGAUCGUUGAGAGACGGGUCAGACCAAGGUGCAGCGUGGUAUGCGUACAUGUUUAUUCACCCAAAUAAACAAACAAAACAAGAAACAACGUAACGUGAAGUCCUUCGGCUAUACACAUACAAGCCUAUACAGGAACAAGAUCCCACAAUACACAGUAGGCAAUGGGCUACUUAAGUAUGAUCCCCAAUCAGAGAGAACGAGCGACAGCUGUCUCUGAUUGGGAAUCACACCCGGCCAAACCUAGCACUGCAACAUAGAAAUAGACUAACUAGAUCAUAAACAUAGAAUAUAUAACAUAGAAACUCACGCCCUGACCAAACCAACUAAAGACAACAGGCCUCUCACGGCCAGGGCGUGACAGGUAGUAGGUGCCAGGCGCACCGGUUUGUGUCAAGAACUGCAAUGCUGGUGGGUUUUUCACGCUCAACAGUUUCCCGUGUGUAUCAAGAAUGGACCACCACCCAAAGGACAUCCAACCAACUUGACACAACUGUGGGAAGCAUUGGCGUCAACAUGGGCCAGCAUCCCUGUGGAAAGCUUUCGACACCUUGUAGAGUCCAUGCCCUGACGAAUUGAGGCUGUUCUGAGGGCAAAAGGAAGGUGUUCCUAAUGUUGGUAUACUCAGUGUAGAUUUUCUCUGUAUGCGUGCUUGAGUGCUUUUGUGUGUGCAUAUACAUGCAGAAGUGUGUGUGUGCAAGUGUCUGCAUCUGUGUGUGUGUGUGUGGUGGCAGGGCCAUUUUAUCCACACACUGACUGGCAGUGUUGGAGUGUUAGUAGAGAGUGAGUGUUUGUGAAGAGGGACAGACAGGAUUGAAGCGGAUGUUUCCUGGAGAGUGUGUUGUGUUGUCACGGCAGCAAGUGGAGGGCUGUUGACGGACAUGAUGCCUAAUGGUGUUGGACUGAAGUUAAAGCUCUGUCUCCGGCCCACAUGGCCCUAGGGACUCUCCUCGCCCCGCCUCACCUCGCCUGCACACUGCCAAUAUAAUACACGCCUUCCACCCUCUCUCAGUUCUUACUCUCUCUGGUGCUUCUGUCACUCUCUCUCUGUCUUUCUCUUCACCUCUUUCUCUCAUUCUUACUCUUUCUUGUUCACCUACUCUUUGCAUCUCUCCUUUACUGUGGCCUUCUUUCUCUGCAUCACUUCAUCUCCUCUCACUGCUCUCUGUCUCUGUGUCUCUCUCCCUCUCUCCCAGUCCUGCCUGUCUCCUCUCACUGCUCUCUGUCUCUGUGUCUCUCUCCCUCUCUCCCAGUCCUGCCUGUCUCCUCUCACUGCUCUCUGUCUCUGUGUCUCUCUCCCUCUCCCAGUCCAUUGCCUGUCUCCCUCUCACUGCUCUCUGUCUCGGUGUCUCUAGGUCCCUCUCUCUCAAGUUCCCUGCCUGUCUCUCUCACUGCUGUCUCUGUCGCUGUGUCUCUCUUCCCUCUCUCUUCAGUCCUGCCUGUCUCCCCUCAACUGCCUCUCUUUCGCUGUGUCUCUCUCCCUAUCUCCCAGUCCUGCCUGUCUCCUCUCCACUGCUCUUCUGUCGCUGUGUCUCUCUCCCUCUCUCCCAGUCCUGCCUGUCUCCUCUGCACUGCUCUCUGUCCUCUGUGUCUCUCUCCCUCUCUCCCAGUCCUGCCAUGUCUCCUCUCAACUGCUCUCUGUCUCUGUUUCGCUCUCGCCUCUCUCCCUCUCUCCAGUCCUGGCCUGUCUCUCUCACUGCUCUCUGUCUCUGUGUCUCUCUCCCUCUCUCCCAGUCCUGCCUGUCUCCUCUCACUGCUCUCUGUCGCUGUGUCUCUCUCCCUCUCUCUCAGUCCUGCCUGUCUCCCCCCUCCACUGCUCUCUGUCGCUGUGUCUCUAUCCCUCUCUCCCAGUCCUGCCUUGUCUCCUCUCAUGCUCUCUGUCGCUGUGUCUCUCUCCCUCUCUCCCAGUCCUGCCUGUCUCCUCUCACUGCUCUCUGUCUCUGUGUCUCUCUCCUCUCUCCCAGUCCUGCCUGUCUCCUCUCACUGCUCUCUGUCUCUGUGUCUCUCUCCCUCUCUCCCAGUCCUGCCUGUCUCCUCUCACUGCUCUCUGUCGCUGUGUCUCUCUCCCUCUCUCCCAGUCCUGCCUGUCUCCUCUCACUGCUCUCUGUCUCGUGGUCUCCUCCCCUCUCUCCCGUCAUGACCUUUCUCCUCUCACUGCUCUCUGUCCGCUGUGUCUCUCUCCCUAUCUCCCAGUCCUGCCUGUACUCCUCUCAACUGCUCUAUGUCCCGCUAUGUUCUCUCCUCCCUCUCUCUCAGUCCUGGCCUGUCUCCUCUUCACUGCUCUCUGUCUCUGUGUCUCUCUCUCAUCCCUCUCCCCCAAGUUCCCUGCCUGUCCCUCCUCUCACUGCCUCUCUGUCUCUGUGUUCUCUCCCUCCUCUCCCAGUCCUGCCUGAUCUCCCUCAACUGCUCUCUGUCUCUGUGUCUCUCUCCCUCUCUCCCAGUCCUGCCUGUCUCCUCUCACUGCUCGCUUUGUCUCUGUGUCUCUCUCCCUCUCUCCUAGUCCUGCCUGUCUCCUCUCACUGCUCUCUGUCUCUCAAUGUCUCUCUCCCUCUCUCCCAGUCCUGCCUGGCUAGUAUUGAUUUUGUGACAGUGCACGCUUCAUGCUCUUCACUCUUCUGAUGGAGGUACUGAGAUGGAGUCUUGGCUGGUAGAUGAAAUCAAAGGUUUUUUCCCUCACUCACAGCACAACAACACAAACUCCAGAGGCUUUGAACUCCUCUCUGUGAAAUGAGCUCUUUGUGUGCUCACUGUCGCUCCAUCUAACUCCCCGCUCUCUUCCUCUGUCUCGUUCUUUCUCUCUCUCUCCCUCUCUGUCUCUGUCUCUCAGGGGGAAGGUUUGCAGCUGGAGUACGAGAUGAAGCUGACCAAUGGCCAGUCUUUCUGGACACAGCAUUUCUCUGCAGACGAGUUUGGUGAGAACGACACAGAUUACAGAAUGAACGUUAAUGGCUUUUCCAACACUAUUUAACACGGCCAAUAAAGCAUAUUAAAAUGAACAAAUUAUGAUAACGAAGAAUGGAUGGAUGGAUGAAUUAAUGAUGAUGGAUUAACAUGGGCGGAAUGGAUAAAAAGGAAACGGGACGCAGUGUAGAAAAUGGCAAUAUUAAACUACUCCCUUAUCCUGAUGUUCUAAUGACCUGUCUCUGUCUCUCCCUGUCUGUCUGUCCUCUCCCUCUCUCUCUCUCUCUCUAUAUCUCUCUUCUCUCGCUCUCUCUAGCUAGAUUUAUAUCUCAUCUCUAUCUCCCAAACCAUCUAAUAAACCAUCUCACACCUAUAUCUGACUCUCUCUCUCACCAUCUCACACCCUUUAUCUGCCUCUCUCUCUCUCCCCCUCUCUCUCUUAUCACCAUCUCACUCUCUCUCUCUCUCCGCGUCUCUCUCUGUCACCAUCUCAACAAUCUAUCUGACUCCUCUCUCCCCUCUCCCUCUCUCUUGUUCACAUCUCACACCCUCUAUCUGCCUCUCUCUCUCGUCACUAUCUCACACCCUCUAUCUGCCUCUCUCUCUCCCCCCCUCCCUCUCUCUCUUGUCACCAUCUCUCUCGCUCUCUCUUCUCUCUCUCUCUCUCUCUCUCUCUCUCUCUCUCUCUCUCUCUCUCCUCUCUCUCUCUCUCUCUCUCUUCUCUCUCUCUCUCUUCUCUCUCUCCUCUUCUCUCUCUCUAUCUCUAACCCAUUCCUCUAUUCUCAGGGAUCCUGGAGACUGACAUCACGUUUCUGGUUAUCUUCUCCCUGGUCUUCAUCCUCUCCUGUUAUUUUGCCUGUAAGUGCCUGAGGAACAAAAUCACACCAGAAAAGCACUUAGCAGCCAACCCUAACCUGAGAUCUCUGCUCUUAACUCCCAUCUUCACACAAAUGUCUCAUUGGCAUUAAUGCACCUAACGUCAGAAUUACACUAGCCUUAAGUGCUAGUCUUUUCUGGGAUGAGGGAAGGGGUGAAAAGCGCCUGCCUUUCUGAAUAAAGACAAAGAUUAGAGGAAUAGAGCUUGUCAUUAUGGAAUCUGGCAAGGAAUGGGGACGUCUUUCUGGGAAUGAGGGAAGGGAGGAACAAGUGGCUCCUCUCUGGUGGAGGAACUUGUCAUUUGGGCUGAACAUGUAGAAGCCAGCCUAGGUAAAGUGGGAGAGCAUCUCGUCAGAUAAUACAGCCCAUGUGUCUACAAACACACAGACUCCUGCUGCACAUACUAAUGCCCAAUACACCACUCUCCUCUCUCUCUCUCCCUCUCUCUCUCUCUCUCUCUCAUUCUCUAUCCUUCUCUAUACAUUACCAUCUCUGAUCCUGUGUCUCUGUCACUGCAUCUUUCCCCUCUAACCCAUCACUCUGUCUUUUCCUCUUCAUCUAUCUUUCUCGCUCCUCCUCGUCUAUCUCUCUCCUCUUCAUCCGUCUCUCUCUCUCCUCUUCAUCCGUCUCUCUCUCUCCUCUUCAUCUGUCUCUCUCUCUCCUCUUCAUUUCACUCUCUCUUUAUUUGUCUCUCUCACUCUCUCUCGUUCUCUAUCUCGCUCUCUCUCUCUCCCCCUAUCUUUCUAUCUCUCUCCUAGAUAAUCUGAAGGGAAGGCAGCUUCUCCAUACGACAUAUAAGAUGUUUAUGACUGCGGCUGGUGUAGAGGGUGAGUGUGGACAUUAACUCCACACAUACACACUCACACACACACCCACAGGCUGCCGGUUGCAGCAGCAUCACAAUCUGACUCACACACUGCAGUCGUUGGUAUCUCAGACAUGGUAAUGACUCCUUCUGAUUAUCAUAGAUAUUAACCACUGCUUCAGCACCAUACAGAUAGCUCCCUGUCUCUGUGUAGGGUAGGACUGCUGCUGCUAUAUACAGCUCUGCAGUGCAGAACAGUGAAAUAUCCCUCUCUCUUUCUCUCACUCUCCUCCCUGCUCUCCAUCUCCUCCCUCUCUCUGUCCCUCUCUCCUCCCCUCUUCCUCCCCUCUUCCUCCCCUCAGUUCUCAGCCUUCUGUUCCACUGUAUCUACUGGGGGCUGUAUGCCAGAGAUGGAGUGGGCAACGGCAGUCUCAAGAUAAUGGGUGAGCCUGAUCAUCACAAACACCUUGAUAAAGGAUGUAAUGCAGAAACACCCUGAUAAAGGCUGUAAUGCAGAAACACCCUGAUAAAGAAUGUAAUGCAGAAACACCCUGAUAAAGGCUGUAAUGCAGAAACACCCUGAUAAAGGAUGUAAUGCAGAAACACCCUGAUAAAGGCUGUAAUGCAGAAACACCCUGAUAAAGGCUGUAAUGCAGAAACACCCUGAUAAAGGCUGUAAUGCAGAAACACCCUGAUAAAGGAUGUAAUGCAGAAACACCCUGAUAAAGGAUGCAAUGCAGAAACACCCUGAUAAAGGCUGUAAUGCAGAAACACCCUGAUAAAGGCUGACAUGCAGAAACACCCUGAUAAAGGAUGUAAUGCAGAAACACCUGAUAAAGGCUGUAAUGCAGAAACACCCUGAUAAAGGCUGUAAUGCAGAAACACCCUGUUAAAGGCUGUAAUGCAGAAACACCCUGAUAAAGGAUGUAAUGCAGAAACACCCUGAUAAAGGCUGUAAUGCAGAAACACCCUGAUAAAGAAUGUAAUGCAUAAACACCUUGAUAAAGGCUGUAAUGCAGAAACACCCUGAUAAAGGAUGUAAUGCAUAAACACCCUGAUAAAGGAUGUAAUUUAUUUAUUUAACCUUUAUUUAACUAGGCAAGUCAGUUAAGAACACAUUUUUAUUUACAAUGACGGCCUACACCGGCCAAACCCGGACGAUGCUGGGCCAAUUGUGCGCCACCCUAUGGGACUCCCAAGCACGGCCGGUUGUGAUACAGCCUGGAAUCGAACCAGGGGGUCUAGUGAUGCCUCAAGCACUGAGAUGCAGUGCCUUAGACCGCUGUGCCACUCGGGAGCCCAAUGCAGAAACACCCUGAUAAAGGCUGUAAUGCAGAAACACCCUGAUAAAGGCUGUAAUGCAGAAACACCCUGAUAAAGGAUGGAAUGCAGAAACACCCUGAUAAAGGCUGUAAUGCAGAAACACCCUGAUAAAGGAUGUAACGCAAAAGCACCCUGAGAAAGGCUGUAAUGCAGAAACUUUCCCACACAACCCAUGCAGUGCAAGAGAGUGCACACGAGAGGAUGAGUGUAUCCUUAUUUGGGUAUGUAGCAAGUGUGUGUGAGCGUGUACUGGAGUUAAUGAGUGACCUGAUUUCAGGUUCGGGUAUGAUGUUACAUAUUCAGAUACUAUAACCUACUUACAGUAACCUCUCUUUCACUCUCUAUGGGGUUCUCAUUUUCUUCUCUCUCUCUCUCUCUCUCUCGCUCUCUCUCUCGCUCUCUCUCUCUUCAGGAAAAUUACUGUUCUCUGUCAGUUUCCUGGUGUUCCUGCUGAUGCUGAUCCUGCUGGGGAAAGGUUUCACUGUCACCAGGUAGGGAGUGUGUGUGUUUGUGUGUGUGUCUUGCGGUGUGUGUCUCACACUUUGUCUGGUCUCAUGCAGUCGCACCUAUGGUCUCAGGGUCAGAGCCCCUGGGGGACAUGUCAGUCUAACUGCUUGUCAGGCUGACAGGUUCACUACUUCAUUACAGUGUGUCUCUGGAUUAAAUCCUCCAGCCACUCUCUCUGUCUUACUCCUAACUCGUACCAGUAGCUCAGUCUAUCUAUGUCUUACUCCUUCUAACUCGUACCAGUAGCUCAGUCUCUCUAUGUCUGACUCCUUGUUAUGAUGAGUUUCUCUGGUAUCAAGGAAUUCAAUAUGCAAGAAGAUAUUUAACACUUAGAUGGAGAGUUGAUACAAAGUAUUUAAAAUACGGUACCGGAUUCAACAAAACAAACUGCACGUGAGUGGCCCCUUGCUAUUUGAAUGAAUACAUAGAAAAUCUCUCAGUUUAUAUACUGUUUUGCAAGCUAAUUCCAUCCAACAGUUGCCAAUCAUUAUUGGGUGUCACUCCCAACUACAAUAGUAUCAUCUUGCAAUCCAGUCAGCUUGCACCCCAGUAAGGACAUUCCAUCACGUACUCAUUCUAAGAUUAACACAAGUGGGCCCCCUAGACCUCCUUGGUACAAAUACCUUCUGGCACCCACCAGUGACAUAAAUAAAUGGAAUGUCCUCAUCCUCAAAAUCCUAUGUAACACGUAAUAUCAAACACAUUAACAAAUCCUAUAUAAAACACAUCAUAUCACUCCUUCAAACACAUACCAGUAGCUCAGUCUCUCUAUGUCUUACUCCUUCUAACUCGUACCAGUAGCUCAGUCUCUCUCUCUGUCUUACCCUUCUAACUCGUACCAGUAGCUCAGUCUCUCUAUGUCUUACGCCUUCUAACUCGUACCAGUAGCUCAGUCUCUCUCUGUCUUACGCCUUCUAACUCGUACCAGUAGCUCAGUCUCUCUCUGUCUUACGCCUUCUAACUCGUACCAGUAGCUCAGUCUCUCUCUGUCUUACUCCUUCUAUCUCGUACCAGUAGCUCAGUCUCUCUCUGUCUUACUCCUUCUAACUCGUACCAGUAGCUCAGUCUCUCUCUGUCUUACGCCUUCUAACUCGUACCAGUAGCUCAGUCUCUCUCUGUCUUACGCCUUCUAACUCGUACCAGUAGCUCAGUCUCUCUCUGUCUUACUCCUUCUAACUCGUACCAGUAGCUCAGUCUCUCUCUGUCUUACCCUUCUAACUCGUACCAGUAGCUCAGUCUCUCUCUGUCUUACCCUUCUAACUCGUACCAGUAGCUCAGUCUCUCUCUGUCUUACCCUUCUAUCUCGUACCAGUAGCUCAGUCUCUCUCUGUCUUACCCUUCUAACUCGUACCAGUAGCUCAGUCUCUCUCUGUCUUUCUCACUUGCUCUCGCUCUAAUUUCCCUGUUUCUCUUUCUCUUUCCGCUCUCUCUCUCUUUGUUCGUCUCUCUCCCCGCUCUGCUCCUCUCUCAUCGCCCUCUGUCUUUCUCUCUGUCUCUCUCGCUCUCCUUCCUCUCUCUCUUAGUCUCCCUUUCUCUCUCACUAUCUCAUACAGAAUAGUAGCUGUGACUUUAAUAGAGCAGACUUUGUCAUUAUCGUUACAUCUCUGAAAUGUGCUGAUGAAUAGCUAUUUAGAUAAGCUGUCUGUCUACACUGCAUCAUAAAGAGGGAAUAUGUGGCCAACCCUGUGUGUGUGUGGGUGUGCGAGUGAGUGAGUGUGUGUUUGUGAGUGUGUGUGUGAGUGAGUGUUUGUCAUUGUAAAUAAGAAUGUGUUCUUAACUGACUUGCCUAGUUAAAUAAAGGUUAAAUAAAAUAAAAUAAAUAAAUAAACCCCCCCUGUGUGUAUCCGUCUCUGUCAGGGCGAGGAUCAGCCACAGUGGAUCUGUCAAGCUGUCCAUCUACAUGACAGUCUACACCGUCACCUAUAUCAUCCUCUUCAUAUACGAGGCAGAGGUACUGCAGUCUACUCUACAGAACUGCUGCUGCUACACUCAUACUGUUCAUGCUAUACGUGAAGGACCAGUGUAUGACGGUCUAAGUUUCAACCAGGGAUUCCUGUGUCCCACAAGACUGUGUUAGCCUACUGAGUUGAAGCCUAGGCAUUAGCUCUAGGAGCUAGUCUUCAGGUACUCGGGCACGGUCACUCAUCAGCCAAGCAUGGUUCACAGAAUCACCUCCAUUACAAAUGCAAAAUGUGCUGUACUAUAAUUUAGGAUGGGUCCCUCUUGGAAAUGAGGUUCACUUGUCAUGGGACCUCCUGGUAAGAUAAAGGUGAAAUGAACAUAUAAAAAUAAAAGGGGCCUACUCAAGAGGGACAGGAGUUUCUUCCCCAGCCUGUCGGUGCCUAGCACUUGGCCUGUACAUACAUAAUGCAGGGCACGACGGGGUAACCCUGUAUGACCAAUGAUAUCCAGUCUCUGGCCUGUGAAACUGAAUACAUAGCACGCAAUCACAGGCACUGUCAAUGACCCAGUUGUAGAGAAGAGUCAAUGACACACAGACACACACACACACACACACACACACACACACACACUUGUACACAUACGCACACACUUUUAGACACACUCACCAAUAAAAACUAGUAGAUUUCACAUCCCAACAUGUCAGCAGACCACAUGCUGUUACAACACACGCUGGAGAACGUAUUGUAAUACACCUCUUUGUUUGAGGGCAAAGUUAGUAGGUUGAUUAGUAGGGUGGGGUCCAUCAGUGUGGUUGUAGGACGUUCUGAGUGUGUGUGUGUGUGUGUCUCAGUUCUUUGACCCAGGUGAGGUGCUGUAUGCGUAUGACAGCCCGGCGGGCUACGGUCUGAUGGGUCUCCAGCUGCUGGCCUACGUGUGGUUCUGCUACGCCGUCCUGAUCUCCCUCAAACACUACCCUGAGAAACAACCCUUCUACAUUCCCUUCUUCACGGCGUACACACUCUGGUGAGAGGACAGAGCCCUACAACCCUUCACUCUCUGCAUGCUGUUUGUCUCUGUCAAGUUAAUCAACUUCAUUCCCUACAAAGCAUUACAACCUCUCACCCUCUCUUAUUUCCCUUCAAAGCCCAGUGAAGCCCAAUAAACUCCCUGUCUCCCUUAUUUUUCCACUUCUUGCUUGCUCAUAUUAAAUCUGUCCGCCUCUCCCUCCGCCUCUCCCUCCGCCUCUCCCUCCUCCUCCUCUCCCUCUCGUUUCCUUUUGUCACUACUCCACCAUAUUCCUUUUUUACAUAUCUCAAUCUCCCCCUUCACUAUCUCUCUCUCUCCUCUCUCUCUUAAUCUCUCUCUCCUUUCUCUCUCAUUAACUCUCUCUCCUUUCUCUCUCAUUAACUCUCUCUCCUCUCUCUCUCAUUAACUCUCUCUCCUCUCUCUCUCUCAUUAACUCUCUCUCCUCUCUGUCCCUCUGGCAGGUUUUUCGCGGUGCCCGUCAUGGCUCUGAUAGCUAACUUUGGCAUCCCUCGCUGGGCACGGGAGAAGAUCGUCAACGGCAUCCAACUGGGCAUCCACCUCUAUGCUCACAUCGUAUUCCUCGUUAGUACCCUUCAUCUCUCUACACACUCACACACAGGCACGGAUGUGCGCACAGAUACACACACUGCCUCACUGUUGAUGUUAAUGAGUUAUAUCUCUAAGACCUCAUCUCCCGCCUCGUUAGUAACCCUCUGCCCUCCACACGCACGCACACACAUACAAACCCUUCUCACCUCUCUUUUAAUAUCUAUGAGUCAUAUCUGUCUGUCCUCAUCGGCCUCUGCGUCAGUAUAUUCCAAACCCAGACUUCUAUACCAGACUGAGCCUCUCUGUCCCAGACUUCUAUACCAGACUGAGCCUCUCUUUCACAUAUUUCUAUACCAGACUGAGGCUCUCUGUCCGCGACCUCUAUACCAGACUGAGCCUCUCUGUCCCAGACUUCUAUACCAGACUGAGCCUCUCUGUCCCAGACUUCUAUACCAGACUGAGCCUCUCUGUCCCAGACUUCUAUACCAGACUGAGCCUCUCUGUCCCAGACUUCUAUACCAGACUGAGCCUCUCUGUCAUUUGUCAGUGACACACACACACACAUACUGUUCUGUUAUUAUAUGUGCAGGAAUGUGUAUCCGUGUAUGGAGAAUGCAGGUUAAUAUUUGUACAGGCAACAGGCAAUAUCCGGAAUAUGAUACAUUCCUCCCAUCCAUCCCCUCUCCCUCCCACCCUGCCUCGCCACAGGCUAUCACACGGCCCUCUGCGGCCAAUAAGAACUUCCCGUACCACGUGCGGACCUCUCAGAUCGGGAUCCUGCUGUCCAGUCCAAAGGCGGGUGUGGCGAGUGAGAGUUUCCCCCACCAUGCCUACGGGAACAGCUCCUUCCUGGGCGACUCCCAGCCCAACUUCACAGAACUCUUCUCCAUCCAGUCGGUGAGUGAUGUAUGGUCUGAGGAGGAUCUAGUAACUGAUACUAAGGUCUGAUAUAGUCCCUGUAACCUGUAACACUCCAGAGGUGUUAGAGCACAGAGGAGUUGUCAGAGAAGGAUGUGGUAACUGAUAGUGUGACAAAUACAACCCAGCGUGACCUUUAACCUUUCAACCUAUACCUCCCUCUCUCUCAGGGCCCGGUGAAGACGGUGGAGGAGACGGUGGCCCGGAAGGGACAGGAAAUGCAGAGGAACAGUGAGCAUAAGAUCAUCACCACCACGGCCGACCUGUCGUCACCCACCUUCCCCCCACUCCCUCCCCCCAUGCCCCCGCGCCUCUCCGCCCACUCCCCCCCUCCCCCUCCACGACUCCCCUCCCACUUCACUGAGUACUUCAGCAUGCAGGGGGGAGGGGGCGUGGGCACCAAGGCAUGA